UCCAAAUUCGGGUUUGUUAUUUGAUUUGUUUUUGUGUUUAUUCGAAAUAACCAAGCGUGGCGCGCCAAUGAAGCAUCUCCUGGAGGAUCCCUCGGUACUGGCCGACCUGCAGGUGCUGCCGGAGAAGACCGGUUCUGUGCAGGAUCGGCAGGAGGCCGCCAAGAAUCCUGCAGAGAAUUCCGCGCCCGACGGAGGUUUGCCGGGUACUGCAGACGAUUUGCUGCGGGAGAAGGAUACUCUCGGCCAACUGGCCUGCAGUCUACACAAGCUGUCCAAAAACGAUCACAUAGUCAUCGACCGAAAGCGCAAUCAGGUGAUUCGCACGGAUGCGGUGACGCAGCAGAUAACGAUUUACCGUUGUCCGGAUCCCGCCGGCAUGGGGAUCAGCCCGCCGAUAAAGAAAAAUGCUCAGAAUCCGCCGCCGAAAGUGGGAAGACCAUCGAAAAGAGCCUCUGCGGUUGCCACAGCUCCUGUGGCAAAAAAGCCAGUACUGGCGGAGCAGAAACCUGCUGCCGACACCCAUCGUACCAGAUCCGGUCGCCAGGUGCGCAGCUCAAUGCCACAGCCCGCUCCCGUGACCAGUGGCCCUGCCGUGGAGCCAAGUUCCGCCCGCUUGCUGGAGAUGCUGGUGUCCGACUUGCGCGACAAGGACUACCGGGCACCCAUGUCAGCGCCCAAAACUACCAUUGUCAGCAGCACCGUCAGUACAAGUCAGGAACCGGCCACAACGACCAGCCAACGGGCUGUGCCCAAGAAUGCCGUUUGUCCGGGCUGCGGGAAGAUCUUUUUGGGACGCCGUCUGCAGCGUCACUUUGUCAAAUUCCCAGAGCACAUGCCCCGUCCGGGCGAGCAGCCACCACCUGCAGCUGCAGCCACAGCUACAGCACCAUCAACAGCUCCUCCUCCGUCCACGCCCUCGCUGUUUGGCAUUCUCACCGGCCAACUGCAGCGGCAUUCGCAUCUCAGCGAGGAACAGCGCUCUGAUCUUUUUCUUAACGAACUCAACGACUUUGUGGAGCAACUGCAGCUGCGCAGCCAACGGCUUAUACGAAAUACCUCUGGAUUGCAUUUUGUAAAUGCACGGAUAGCACGAGUUUUGGGCAUACCCGAGGGUCAGUAUGCCCUGGAUAUGUCCGCCAUGGAAUCUCCGCUUGCCCCGAUGCCGGAACCGGAGGGAGCCCCCUUGGUUGCCAGCGGCGGUAGCGGAGGAGCCCGCAAUCUGGUGGUCUACGCAGAGCUGAGCAUGUCGCUGGACGAUCCGCUCACUGACGAGGCUGCACAACGUCUUAAUCUGUCCGCGGGCGGUCAACUUCACCCGCCUUCCGAGGAGAGUCUGCUGAGGAAUGUAAGCGAUCUUAUGCAGCCGCCAGUGGCAACUGCUCCUCCAACUGUCAACCAUGUCUACGAUCAUGCCAGCGACAAUGCCGUGGAGGCCCUGACCAUGAAGGAAACGCCCAACACAGAGGCCAUUCUCGAUCUCAACGUGGACUUCUUCCAGUUCAACCCGAAUUAGAAAGACCAUGAAUUCGAAAGCGUUUAUCUAGCCGUGGAGAAGAUGAAUCCUAUCAUAGAGUGAAAGGUAUUUCAACUAUUUACAUUGAACAUAGAAAAAGUUCUAUAAUAUGAAAGUAUUGCAUGGAGGAAAUCACUGAAAAUCUAAAUUAACUUUUCUAAGAAGAUUACUGAUGGAUUAUGUAAAUAUAGAAGUAAGGAAUGUCUUAGUAUUUUGAAUUUUCACUAAAGAUUAUUAUUGAAACCGUAUUAUUGGAAAAGAAACCAAAUGAAAAGCCAAAUAUCUGGCCAUUAGUAGGCCAAUGUAAAUGGAUGAGUGGCAAAACAGCCCCUGGUUGAUUGCGAUUAUUUAUGAAGUACUUAACUGGCUCACGAAAGAUGCCUAUUAAAUGAAUUUAGCCACCCUGAGUUUUGAAA